UAAACUUUGCGGCUGUGUUGUUUGCUUUUGGUAUGAAUUUGAUGAGGAUGCGCAGGAGCAUUAUUUUUUUAUCCAUCAAUCUUUGUUUCCAGGAUUAAUAGAUAACUUGAGGAAGAAGACUAACUCUAGUAUUAAGCACUUCAUGAUCCGCUCCUUGUCCUUUUAUUUUGUUAAUUAUGCCCUUUCCCUUAUUUUCCAAUUGAAUCAAAGCCUGGAGUGAAUGUUUUGUCCUGCAUGCUGGCCCCACGUCUAUCUCAACAACAGCAUAUCUUGAUUGUUCUGCAUCGUCAGUAGUAAGUGUCGCAAUGCGUACUUCUACGGCAAGAGCCAGGCAGAGGCGGUGCACGCAGGACAGCACCGGAUUUGGUGCCGUUCGUCUCCUCGUUCCCCCUUUCGCCUCGUCUGUAUUUUUUAACUUUUUCUAAGUGUCUUCCUGAUGAAUAAUCAUAGCUGAUGAUAGGAGUGCUGCUCUGCUCGUCUCUUACGUUUCCCCUUGAUUCACCCAAUUUUCUCCUAGAAAAACACCCUUUGGCUGUUGAUAUUCUCUUGCGUUCCUCUUAUCAGACAAACCAGAACAAGAGGACCGAUUGUCCAUCGUCUACCUAUUUGCGUUGGAUCAUUCACUGUGCGGUGGUGCACCAGGCUGAUGCGGACGAUUCCUCUUGCAUUUACUGGACCUUUGACAUACCUCCAGCUCGGCCCCCGAUGCUUACUUUUUGUCGGAAAUGAUAUGGUUGAUUCAGAGACUGCUCAAGAAAAGAACCUCCCAGUUUUUAGUGUUAUGGUAAUAUGUAUCAACAUUUCAUCAUCUCACUCUGUUCUCGUUGCAAGAUAAAUAUGAAUCCUAAGUUAGUAAAUCAUCGAAACGCUUUUCUUUGUUCAUCUUUUAGAUGGUAAUUUUCUUCUCCUCUUUGUAGUAGUUGUAACGGCCACGAGAAAGCAAAAGGAUGCCUCGCUUGAGAGGCGGCGUGUCCAGUCGUGCUUCCAACUAAAAAAGAAGAGCAGGUUGUUUGAGCCGUGUCGUGGCGGACGGUAUGUAUAUAUAAGAUAAAUGAUCUCUCAGGAGAAGUUACAUUUCAGGAAGGACACACGCUAAACAGAAACAAAAUUAUAUUACAGGUUUCCACAUCGAUCAUCUACUUCACAUAGCUGAUUUACCGUUGUUGCGUGCACGUAUCUUUGUCGAUGAAUAAUGGGCUCUUGAUCCAAUCAGUCUCGGCAUAAGCUGCAUAAACUCACGGAUGCAUCGAACGAUCGCACAUUAUAACAGAUAAGGAAAUGAAAAAUACGAGUACGACUAGGUGGUAUUUUUUCAGGAACGAGCCAACUUCCGCCCUCUUGGAAGCGUUGACUCUUGUACAACUUCUAGCUCGUCAAUAGGUAAGAUGCUGUUUGUCGUUCUCUGAUAUCAAAAAAUAUAAUUUGCUUUCUGUGCAGUUCUUAACGAUGUUGUCGAGCAGUAAAUUACGAAGUAGAUAAUGACGAUCUACUUAUUCUAGUUAUUCGAAGUAUGUCGUGAUUCGUGAAUUACGACAGUCAGUUGAUGAAGAUCGCGGACCACAUGCAGUGGUUGUCCGCUCAGGGUCGUCAUCGCGCCCAAAAAAGUAGGAUUAAUCUUUGCAUGCACCGUCACUGUGGCGCUAAGGUAGAUGGUGCGUCUCUCCGGGUUUGUACUGCUGUGGUUACAGGAAAAAUAUGGAACAAAAAAUAGCAUAACAAAGAAUGAGUGUGUGCCUUUUUCUUAUCGGAACAUAUAAUCAUGAUAUCUGCUAGCUAGGUAGAAGUCGCACAAUUAUAGUACACCUUGUGUUGACCGAUAAGAACCGAAAUAUUUGAACACCAAAUAAUAUCCGGGGCUUGGGUCUUUUCCACUUUUGUAGUUGUUCGUUAUCCCUGAAAGACUGCGCAAUUUGGUUUAUUUCGUGAUGUUCAUGUUCGUGCGUUUCUCAUAUCAUAGUGCGCUUUCUCUGUGCCAAAAAUCUAGUAGUAUCAAGGGAUACAGGGCCGAGAAUACGGAAUAAACAGAGAAAGAAAAAACCGAUUUGAUUGGUUCAGAAUAGGCCCACAGAUUGCACCGAGAGAAAGAAACAAAAAAGUACUUUUUUACUUUUCUGUUGCUGUACAAGUACGGGAACACACCUUGCUACUAAAUAGAAGGAAUCAGGGCUCCUCCGUAAAGCUGGAUGCUCAUUUUCUUUCCAACAUUGACCACAUAUAAGUACAACAUAAAAGCAUGCCUGUGGUCAUGCGCCAGAGUGGGCAACUUGAUUAUGAUGUUGUUACAUGUUUCCAAAAUCUAGACCAUCAAGGGAAACAAGAUAUAACAAUUGUAAUUGUAAGCAAGGUGCGUGUAAGUUGUAAUUUAAUUGUAGUUUUGAUUGAUGGAUGUCAUUGUGAAUGACUUCCUCCGGUUCCUUGGACGAGAAUGAUUCGGCGGGAGUUGAAUAAUUACAGCACGUGUGCCACUGCCUUGGGACCUGACAUGAUAUUUCUCAGACUAAUUUUUCGAAAUUAUUGAUUAUAAACUCGGCUCUUAGUACCUAUGGAUUAUCUGGGUCUGGAUCUGGCCGUAGUUGAUCCGGCGUACAACUACGGGGCAGCACGACCAGUUGGUGCGGGACGUACCCUCGCGGUCGCGACUGGGUCAUUCUACUUGGUGAUCAGCAUAGCAGCUGCAUGUUAGCAGGGCUCGCAUACAUUGAAGCAGAUUGACAUGUUUACUCUACUUCAAUAAAAAUCCAGGAUGAAUAAACAAUCUAGUUUGAUAUCAUCAUAGAACAGAGACACUCACGGAAGGACCACUAUUAGUAGCGAGUUUCGCAUAAUUGCUCUGGUCUCGACAGCCUUAGCUUUGGCCUACUCACAUGAUUUCGAAAGGUUGGAAUAUGCAUACUUAUUUAUAGGGUGGAAAAGAUGUCAAUAAUCCUUUCAUUCUUGCUGUGACAACAAUAUCCUUGGGUCUGCCCAUCAACCAAACAUUAAAAAUAUGAUGGGGGGCGACCUGCGUUCUACUGCUCCUUUUCUUGCGUCACCGCGUUGGCACAGAGGGCGGCAGUCACGGUGGCAUAGUGCGAGAUGCACUGACAACUGACCUGGGAGGUCGUAGCGAAAAGACCUGUACAAAAGGUAGCUGAGGAGCAAAGAUGCUGGAGGUGUGCGGUUCAAGAAAAGUAGUAGAUGCCAUUGGAAAAUGGAAGAGAAGAGUGGAAGAAAAU